CUCAGCACUACAUGGGACUUUUAUUUUGAUCUAAUGACGGUACGUCAUAAGACUGCGUCGCGCUGUGAUUCGGUUGGAGGAAGGACAGAGUGUCCAAACACAGAAAAAAACUCCUGGUGAAACAACUGAGAUCCACGUGACACUAUUAUAAAGAUGGCGUUUAUUAAAGAGUUUUUGGCAUUUAUUAAAGAAAAAGAGAGUGAAGACACGAAGACUGAAGAAGCAUUCAGAGUAAAACGAGAAGAUACUGCAAGACAAACAAAGAUGGUGUUUAUAAAAGGGAGAGAGAGUCAAGACAUUAAGAUUGAAGAAACAUUCAGUGUGAAACAAGAAGAUACUGAGGAACAAACAGACCUGAUGCUGCUGAAAGUGGAGAGUCCAGAACUAAAUGAAAAGAAAGACAAAGAUCAGUAUGAGAAACAUGAAUUCAUAACUGGAGAAAAUUUGUUUAGUUGCUCACAUACUGGAAAGAGUUUUGAUCAACAUAGAAUCCUUAAAGCCCGCAGGAAAGUUCACAUUGGAGAAAAGCCUUUUACCUGCCAACAAUGUGGAAAAGGUUUCAUUCAAAAAGGAUCACUUGAAAGACACAUGAGAAUUCACACUGGAGAGAAGUCUUACACUUGUCCUCAGUGUGGGAAGAGUUUUGAUCAAAAUAGAAACCUUAAAGCUCACAUGAUAGUUCACAGUGGAGAGAAGCCUUUCACCUGCCAACAGUGUGGAAUAAGUAUGUCUACAAAACGAAGCCUUAACAGGCACAUGAGAAUUCACACUGGAGAGAAGCCUUACACAUGCCAGUUGUGUGGAAAGAGUUUCACUCAAAAACAAAGUCUUAAAAACCACAUGAGAGCUCACACUGGAGAGAGGCCUUUCAUUUGCCAGCAGUGUGGAAAGAGUUUCUCUCUAAAAGAAAGUCUUAAGGCACACAUGAGAAUUCACUCUGGAGAGAGUCCUUACAUCUGCCAACAGUGUGGAAAGAGUUACACCAGCAAAGGAAACCUUGAUGCCCACAUGAGAGUUCACACUGGAGAAAGGCCUUUUACCUGCCAACAAUGUGGAAAAAGUUUCGUUCAAAAAGGAGCUCUUACAACCCAUAUGAGCAUUCAUAAUGGAAAGAAGCCUUACAUAUGCCCUCAGUGUGGCAGGAGUUUCUGUCAACAAGGAAGCUUAAUGGUCCACAUGAGAAUUCACACCGGAGAGAAGCCUUUCACCUGCCAACAGUGUGGAAAUGGUUUCAUUAAAAAAGAAGCCCUUAAAGUCCACAUGAGAGCUCACACUGGAGAAAAGCCUUUCACAUGCCUUCAGUGUGGAAAGAGUUUUGAUCAAAAUAGAAACCUUAAAGCUCACAUGAUAGUCCACAGUGGAGAAAAGCCGUUCAUUUGCCCUCAGUGUGGAAAGCGUUUCUCUAAAAAAGGAAACCUUGAAGUCCAUAUGAGAGUUCACACCGGAGAAAAGCCGUUCAUAUGCCCUCAGUGUGGAAAGAGUUUCGAUCAGCAAGGAAACCUUACAGUCCACAUGAGAGCUCAUACUGGAGAGAAGCCUUUCAACUGCCAACAAUGUGGAAAAAUUUUCGCUAAAAAACAAAGUCUUGAACUCCACACGAGCGUUCACACUGGAAAGAAGCCUUACACAUGCCUUCAGUGUGGAAAGGGUUUCCUUCAAAAAGGAGGCUUAAUAGUCCACUUGAGAAUUCACACUGGAGAAAAGCCAUUCAAAUGUGAUCAGUGUGGAAAUAGCUUCAGACGUAAAAUAUUCCUUAAAAAACACAUGAGGAUUCAUUUAUGAGAGAACUUUUUCUUUUUUUUGUCAUCAGUGUGAAAUGACUUUAAACCAGCAUAGAAAAAAAAUUAAUAAAAACAUUUUUUUUCAAAACAAAUCACCUACCCUGCCUUUAAGGGGAUACCCUAGUGGAUGAAUCAAUGUUUUCUGAAGUGAAACAAUGGAUAAGAAAAAUAUUACUAACUGUUUUAACGCUUCCAACCAACUGUCAAACAUGCAUGGGUUACAAUCCACUUGUAUUACAUGGAUGCACAAAGAUGGAGUCUUUGUUUGUCUUUAUGUUACGAAAGGUAGUCAUAUACAUUUAGGAUGGCAAUGAAAGUGAGUAAAUGAUAAGAGAUGGUGAGGUGUGGUGGGCUAUCCCUGUGAAGACUGAUAUUGCACUCUGUUACCACAUAAUGUACCCAACCAGUCACUGUUUUCUUACUCGUACUGUAACAGGAACUGUUCAAAGGAUCUUUGCGUCUUUUAAAUAUAUAUGAAUUUUAAACAUUCUGUAUAUUAUGUACUUGUGCAUUUUGUAUAAGAAUGUAUAUUAUUAGAAUAAUGUGCAUUACAUGUACACUAUGCAGUUAGUGUUUUGUGGAUUCUGGUCUUUCCUGUCACAACAUAACUGCAUCCAAGACUUUCACUCUGAUACCUGUGUAUAUACAGUAGUGACAAUAAAGAAUUUAAAUUUA